UUAGCAUUGCAACAACUGAAGAUGGAAAGUUGGUCAGUUGAGCAAGUCUGCAACUGGUUGAAACAGAGAAAUUUAGGAGAGCUAGUUCCUAAGUUCCGUGAAGAAGAAAUAAGUGGAGCAGCUCUUCUGGCUCUUAAUGAUCGUAUGGUGCAGCAGCUGGUGAAGAAGAUUGGGCACCAGGCAGUGCUGAUGGACCUGAUUAAAAAAUACCAGCAACAGAGGAGUGGGCUGGAAUCCCUUACAUACUGUUGUGAAACAGCUUCUCAAAAAUUUCCAGAAGUAAUCAGUGGGGCUACUGACAGACAGAUGUUGAAUUCUUCUGGUCUUCUGGUGGAGCAGAAGAAAUAUCUGUAUUCAGCUGAAAAUGAAAAAGGACUAAUUGAUCAUAGAGUGCUAAAGCAAAAAAAAAACCUGAAAUCAUUUUUUGCAAGACACAAGAUGUUGCAGUGGACAAGUUCUUAUGUUUUGCCAGACUUCCCUUACGAUGUCAAGUGCGUAUUAGCAGAAAAUAAAUGCCCUGAUCACAGUAUGAGAAUAAGAAUUAUUGAAUUUUUACAAGCAGACAUGACAAAAUACCUGGAAGGAUCACUGUAUCCGAACAGUCAGCAAUAUAACAUUGUUGUCAAUGCUCUGCUCCAGGCAUACCCAUUCCUUGAUGAAGAUGGGAAUGGCUUUUUGCUGUGGAAACGGGCCCUUAAAGAUCGUUUCAAAUACGUGCGGAGACCUAUUGAAGAUGAUGAGCAAGUCCUGAGGAACAAAUGCAAGUUUGGCCACAGGAGAGGACAGAGCAAAAAAUCUUCUUUUGCUGAAAAUACUCUUGAUGAUUUUCUUUUAGUUCAGCUGGAAGAACCUGCUCAUCUUAAAGGCAGUGCAAUGGAUUUACAUAUUAAGUGGCUUAAUCAAGAGUAUAUGAAGACUCAGAGGAACUGGGAAGAAGUGGAUAACAGAAUGAAUGCAACAAUAGAAAUACGGAGAAAGAUGAUCAGUGAUAAGGCACCUUUAAAAUAUAUUCUAAGACAAUUUCCUUUCUUAAGAUGCCCUUAUCAGCUUUUUAGGGAGUUCCAGCUUCUCACACACAUGGACAUUUAUAAGAAAACAGUUGAGAUUUUGGAGAUUUAUUCAGAAAACAUAUUGUCCUUGUAUGUGGUGAGGAAUAAUCCAAUUAACAUGAUGCUGCAAGAAAAUCUGAAGCAGCACACAGAGGAGGACGUUCUGAAAUAUAUGAAAAUGACUGCUGCAUGUUUAGUCCUGCCAGAGGUCUUUGGAGAUGACUCCAGUCUGUUUGCUGCAGUGAACGAGGAGGUAAAGGCAGUGACACCAGUGUUGGAAGUGAAAAACCCCUUCAACAUGAAUUCAUGCGAGUUUGCCCUGUACAUAGAAAGGGAAGAGUUAGCCCAGCUCAAUGACUGCACCAUGGCUCUGGCGGCGCUGGUGGCUGCAUUCCAUGUAUUUGAUAUCCCAUGCCCAAAGAGAAUCCACAGGACACUGAACUUCCUGGAGUCCCUGGUCUUUGAAGUGAGGAACCCAGCAUCCCUGCCCACCCUGGUAAAGACAGGGCUGGAGACACCCAAGUAUCCAGUAUCUGAUGGUGCACCCAGCACUCCUCUCAGAAGCAUUUGAUAUUUUAUCAAAAUAAAUCCCUUUGUGCCAUUCUUUCUAGUGAAAGUGUAUGUAUAUUUAAAAGUUAUGUUUAGUAAUGACCUCCUUUUUUUAUUGUACUGGCUACUUCUAAAAAACAAAUUAAAACUCAAGCAGUUUCAUUAUUUUAAAUGUAGAUUUUAGAGCAGUCUAGAGAUAAUAAAAUUUUCUUGAUUAC